GAGAUGGGUGUGGGUGGAACUGCAGACUUUUUCUACAAGGAGGCUCAACGGCUAGGCUACGUGGCUCGCUCCGCCUUCAAACUUCUUCAGAUUCAGAAGCAACAUAACCUAAUCAACCGUGGCGCCACCGUUCUCGACCUCGGUUGCGCUCCCGGAGGGUGGCUCCAGGUGGCUUGUCAGAGCUUGGGACCCUUCCACGGCGGAGGCUCCGUCCUCGGCGUCGACACCAAAAAAGUCAAGGUUCCCCCUCUUCACUGCGAUUCUAGGGUUCAGACCAUCUCUGCUGACGUCACCACCCUCUCUCACCACCGACUCAGAGCCCUUUCUCCCAAGGAAAAAGGGUUUUCGGUGGUACUCUCCGAUAUGUGUCCCUUAGUCUCCGGAAUCACUACCAAAGACGCGGCCUUGUCGUUUGAGCUUGGGAUGCGUGCCUUGGAUUUGGCUCUCGGCAACAAAAUUCACCUGGAGCCAAUUGACGAUGACCCUUCUUGUUCCGAGGACGGUAAAGGAGUGUUGAAGAUUGGUGGGCACCUUGUUAUCAAGCUUCUCGAGAGUGAAGAUGCCAAAGAAAUUAACCAGCUUUCUAAACCGUUCUUUAAGAAGACAUCAUGGCUGAGACCUAAAGCUACAAGGCCUUCGUCAAGAGAGAUUUAUUUGAUAUGUCAGGGUUUAAAGCCAGAUGCUAAGAUAUAGAUUAGAUUUGAUGUUAAGUAUGUCAAGAGAGUUUUGCUUCCGUUUGAUGGUGGCAACUGGUGUGUUUGUGAAAUUCAUUAUUUUUCUGGCUGGCUUUUGAUGAUCAUUAUUAGUAUUAUUUUCCAAGGCAUAAUACUGACCUUAUUUCACCUCA